AUGUUACUGAGUGUCUUCCUUCUGCCAGGUGUUUUGGCUGAUUACUGUAGCCGUGCUACACCAGCCCUCUUCGUCACUGCACCGAAGGAGAUUGAAGCUCUGACUGGAUCUUGUUUGCAAAUCCCAUGUAGCUUUAAUACAGGACAGACAACAUUUGGCAACAGCAGAGCUGUUGUUGGAAUUUGGAUGAAACAUAACUUAGAUUUUAAAGGUGAUCCAAGAAAUGUCAUUUUCAAUAGCACUAGGACAGAUAGUACCUAUCAACUGGAGAUUAUUGGAAACUUGAGAGAGAAAAACUGCACUACUCUGUUUCGUGACUUAAACUCCAGUCAUGCAGAUAGAUACUUCUUCAGAGUUGAGAAUGGGCCAUUCAGAGCAACAGCUUGUAGCAGUCCAAUUAAGAUAAAAGUUAAAGAUUCUCCUCAGCGUCCCAGCAUUAAUGUUCCCUCUGACCUGAAGGAGCAUCAGUCUGUCACUGUAACCUGCUCAGCUUUCACUCCCUGUCCACAAUCACCUCCUGAACUCACCUGGAAUCUCCAACAAGACUCUCUCAGACAAACAGAGAAAAACACAGAUGGAACCUUUACAACUAAAAUCCAGGAGACCAUCACUCUGUCAGAAACACAUGAUGGAUACAACAUCAGAUGUUCUGCCAGAUAUCCUGUGAUUGGAGGAAACAAGACAGAAGUGAAAGCCGUAAUGCUUAAUGUUUCAUAUGCUCCUAGAAACACCUCAGCAUCCAUCAGUCCAUCAGUAGGUAGCAGGGUGGAGCUCAGCUGCUCCAGCAGAGCCAAACCUCCACCCAGCUUCGCCUGGUUCAGGAACAACAAACAUGGAGCCAUGAAUGUAUCUGUGGAGCAGAUUUACAGCUUCAAUGUUACUGAUGGAGGGGAGUAUCACUGUGUGGCUGCAAAUCAUCUGGGGAAUCAAAUGUCACCAAUAAUCUCUAUAAGUAACAAAGGUCCAACAGGCAGUCCUGCAGACUGGAAGUGUAUUUUAGUGGGAAUCACUGUGUUCAUCUGCCUGAUUGUUGUUUGUGCUUGGCACUUGAAGUGCAAACGUCCAACUCCACAACAGACUCAGGUAGAGACGUGUUCAACUUCUGCGUCUAGCAAUGCACCGUUCACAUUGUCGAUUAGCAACACCUUCAACAUGAACAAAUGCAUGUACUUUCUAACGCAGAGUCAAACAGGCGAGGACGCUACUGUUGAAAAACCAGCCGAUGGAAGAGAGGAAAAACUUCAUUAUGAAGAAGUGGGCUUCCUUCAGAGGAGACCUGGAGCUUCCUCCAUGUCAACACAGGUAAGCAGGCAGCAGGAGACGGUUUACUCUCAGGUCAAGGUGUCUGUUGCCACUGCAGAAGAUCUCUGA